AUGAGCGAAGGAGGAAAAGAAGAAGAAGACAAAGAGACGACGAUAUCGUUCAUCGUGAAAACAUCCACAAAUCCAAAACUGGAGAUGAAAAAUAUCAAACUCACAAAGUUGAUUGCCGAGUUGAAAGCCGAUUUGGCGACGACGCUCGGAUCCGAAAAGGAAUCGAUUCGAUUGAUUUACAAAGGACACGUUUUGAAGGACGAGAAAACGAUACGAGAGUGUUCGAUUGGGGAAGGGCACGCGGUGCAUUUGGUGCAAUCGGCGCCGAAGAAAUCACCAUCUCUUACGAGCGGGGGAAGUAGUGGUCGUCCUCCGGCGAGUCACAAUGAAGGUGGUGGUGGUGGGCAACCGACACCGCCGCGAACGUGGAUGGACGACGCGAACGCGAGUCAAAGAACGGCGCAAGCGCCGGAUUUUGCGACGUUGUUUAACAGCAGCGUUUUAGGUGGUGGUGGUAUAGGAGGAGGAGGAGCGAGUGGUUCUGGUGGUUUUGAUAUGUUUGGAGGCGGCGGGUUCGGAGCGGGCGGCAUGCCGAACCCGACGCCGGAGGAGAUUCGGGCGAUUGAAAACGACCCGUUCGUGAGACAGUUCAUGGAGCAAGCGAUGCAAGACCCGGAAGUUUUACGACCGAUGAUGCAGGUGAUGGAGCAAAACCCGCAGAUUCAACAGUUGAUGAACGCGAAUCCAGAGUUGAGGCAGGCGAUGCAGGAUCCGGAAAACAUAUCGAGGGCGCUGAGAGCGUCCAGGGAUCCGAAUUUAAUGCGAGAGCAAAUGGCGGCAACCGAUCGGACGCUUGCGAAUAUUGAGAGCCAUCCGGAAGGGUUUAACGCGUUGAGGAGAAUGUACGAAAACGUGGAGGUGCCGUUGCAAAACGCGAUACAAAAUAGUCAAAAUAGCGAGGCGGCCGCCAACAACGGGGCGGCUGCGGAUGCGAACCCGUUUGCAAGUUUAUUCGGUGCUGCGUCGUCUAGUGGUAACUCGGACGCGCCGUUACCGAAUCCUUGGGCUGCGGCAAAUGCCGGGACCGCAGGUGCUUCAACGUCCCAAGCUCAACAACAAAAUCCGUUCGCGGGUUUAGGCGGUUCGGGAGGAUUCGGCGGUUUAAAUAUAGGCGGCGGCAUGCCGGACGAAGCAACCAUGCGACGCCAGAUGGAAGCGAUUCAGAACAACCCAGCGCUCAUGCAAAUGUUCAGUCAAACGAUGUCACAAAUCGCAUCGGAUCCAAACGCUCUCGAAAAUCUUCGCCGGUCAAAUCCGGAAUUUGAUGCGAUGUUGAGACAACAACCGCAAAUCGCGGAACAAAUGCGUAAUCCAGAGUUUCUUCGAGCGUUGGCCGACCCACAAACUUUGCAGGCAAUGCAACAUUUGCAGCGCGUCAUGGGGGGGAGUGCUGCUGGUGGUGGACUCGGGGGAUCGCCGUUCGGAGGAAUGGGAGCGCCUCCAUCGGUGACGCCGCCAGCGGAUCCGGAAACGGCCUACGCGGCGCAGAUUUCGCAACUCAACGAUAUGGGUUUCUUCGAUCCGGCGGAGAACGUGAGAGCUUUGGUGGCCACAAACGGAAACGUUAGCGCGGCCAUUGAACGCUUACUGAAUGGAGCGUAA